UCCGAAAGUCCAACCGUCCCCUUCCCUACGCCGCGAAGUGGGCGCGGCGUAGCGGUUAAGGUCGCCGCCCGAUUGGCCGUCGCCGAAGAGCUUUCGUCAAAUAAAAUCCAAUCGUUGAGUAAAGGAAUGCGAAUCUCCGAGCUUUUUCCGUCCCUCCCCCCCUCUAAGGGGGUGUGCAGUGCCGUUUGAUGGGAGUAUGAUUUUAUUACGGCAUUACCGAGCAAGCCAAACCCCGAAUCGCCCGGCUUACAGUCUGCAUUAUCUCACCUCGGGGCGGGGGGUUGUGUCGAAGGGGGCGGCGGGGCGACGGGAGGGGGUACCGGGGUACGGGGGUAGCGUCCUACGAUUUUGCGGCUUUCGUUCCGGAGUGAGCUACGAGGAGCUCACGUUGUUCAGCCACCCCGUGCUUACGUCAGUCCACAUUACGCCGUCGAACAUUCACCGCAUAACGCACAUUCGUGUGCAACGAGAGCCCGUUUCUCCGUUCGUUGAUCGUAUAAUCGCGGUUUUUUUUCUCGUUUUUUUGUUUGUUUUGGAAUCAGUGCAAGUGACCGGACAGGCGAGGGAUGCGAGUAAACGUGUGGAACGUCGAGUGAGAGUUUAAAAAUUGCACGAUGCGUGCGUUCGCCGAUUAUUGGUGAUAAAUGUACACGAGCGAACGACAAACGGCCCAGUCGAAAAUCGAAAUCAUUUUUAAAUUCUUGAGAAAAUGAUGAAUCCAGUUUGUCCCGAAUUCCAGUGUGACCGGGUCCAGUGAAGUUGACGAAACUAGAAAGUAAAGAAAACAAAAAUAAAUAAAUAAAGCAACAACCAAAGAUCGGUUAAAUCGAAAAGGGUGAUAAUUAGCGCGUGUGAUGUUCCCGUCGUCGGCAGCCAUGCUGAAGAACUUGCAACAGAGCGCUAUGACGACGUCGCCGUUUCUCAUGGAAAAUUUACUACAGAGUAAAAGUACGGGUGGUGAUCUCGCCAGCCUCACUCUGAACCUGGCGAGCUACGUGGCUCGUCAGCGCGAGAGGAUGGAAUCCGAGAGCAUGAGAGUCGAACGGGAUCACCUGCAGGAUUUCGAGAGGAUUCACGGCAGGAGUACGGAAAGGUCGAACGUCGCGGAUCCGGACCGUUGCCGGGAUCGGGGCCAGUCCCUGAAGGAUCAGAGGGUGGACAGGUCGCAGGAUACGGAGCAGGAGAGGAGAUCCGCCUCGGGUAUGGACGUGGACAACGAUCACGGUACCGACGGAGGGAUCGACAGGUUGAGCAACGUGAUGGAGAGGCUCUCCGAGCGAUUGGAGAACAGGUCGAAUUCCAAUCACUCGAUGGAGGAGGACCGCGUGUCCGGCGACACGGACGUCAACGGUGUCCAGGAGCGGGAAAGACUGUCGAUACAGAUGGAGCGUGGCUUCGAGAUCGGGAGGAACGUGAUGAGGACGUCGGACGAGAUGAGGAUGCACAUCGAGAGGGAGGGCGACAGAAUGGAGAGGAUCAGCGAGGAGACGACUUGCACGUGCGGGGACGACCGUUGCUCGGGCACGGGUUGCCGUACCAUCCAGGAGAAGGAGAAACCGCAACUGAAAUUCAGCGUGAACGCGAUACUCGGUGGCAAUCACGACAGGCGGCCGAAUCCCGAUGCCUUCCAGGGAUUGCCGCCCGGAGCGAUUCCGGCCUUCCUUCACAACCUACAGAAUUCGGCGGGGUAUAACAUCGCAAAACCGAUAGCCAGACCCGCGGCCUAUCAUCCCCAUCAUCCCGCCCACCCUGCCCAUCAUCCGGGCCAACAUCAGCUGCCCCCAAACGCCCAUCACACGCUGCAUCAGUUGCUGGCUUGCAGAGGACCUUACCUAACCGUCGCAACUCCGGGGGCGGGUGGCCAUCACCCCGGGGCACCGGGAACCGGCGCCGGGGGUUUUCCAGGGGCGAUGCAGGGCACCCUCGGUCUGGCUAGUAUGGGCCUCGGCGGCUUGGCAGGAGGUUUUCCAUGGGCCAGCAGCGCACGGGGUAAACCGCGUCGCGGCAUGAUGAGGAGAGCCGUAUUUUCCGACUUGCAACGUCGCGGACUCGAGAAGAGGUUCCAGCUGCAGAAGUACAUCAGUAAACCGGACCGCAAGAAACUGGCGGAAAAACUCGGCCUCAAGGAUUCUCAGGUGAAAAUCUGGUUCCAGAAUCGCCGCAUGAAAUGGAGGAACAGCAAGGAACGCGAACUUUUGGCAGCCGGAGGUUCCCGCGAACAGACCUUACCUAACAAGAACAACCCCAAUCCGGACUUGAGCGAUGCCGAUGGCGACAGGCCGAGGCUUGACCUGAGCGACGCGAGUCCUCUCACGAGUCCCCAGAGGCCGGACGAUCACACGGACAACGAGGACGACGAGGAGAUCAACGUCACGUGAUAAGAUCUCCUCGAUUUUUCGAAAGCGUCUUUAUUUGAACGGGGGAAACGAUUAAAACGACGCGCGAAUGAAGUGCGUUCCCCCGCACUUUUUAUCCCCUCGAAAUCCCCCGCUGUUGCGGCGAACGGUUUUUAACAAAAGUCUAUUCGAAAAGUGAAAGAGAUUGAACAAAUGAAACACCAAAGUGAAAAAGUAUUCCUAUAAUUAAAUUUAUGAAGAUAAAGAAGAAGAAAAUAAAUGGAAAAAAAAAAACCAAAACGAUGUAUUAUAUUGUAAUUAGCACUGAAUGUAUUAUCUCACUAAAGGUCUUCUAAAUUAUAUCGUAAGAAACGUAACUAUGUAAAUUUAGCAUUAACGAUGUCUAAGAUAAAAAUUAUGACAAAUAACAAUGAAUCAACAACCAAAUGUAAAACUAUUACUCGUGAUAUAUUAUAAUAAUUCCAUGUAAUAUAACGAAAUAAAAAUAU